UACUCCGGAUGUUAAUGUUUUGUAGUUAAAGUCAGACACAGAGCCUGUCAGCUGUUAAUUCGGUUGUAAACAUGCCGCAACAUAUUCACCGGUGAAUAAGGUGGUUUACCGGGUGAACGGACGGUGUCGGUGGUGUUAGUGGGAGAAUGGAGACUUUUAAUAAACUAACCAGUAUGCUGUUACACGCGCUGGAAACGAGGGAGCCUACAGUGGAUCUGUUGGAUUCCUUUGUUGAUCACUGGAAAUCAAUAACCAAUUAUUACAUCAUGACAACAGAUGACAGUCUUCCUGUCAAACAGACAGAUAUCCCAUGGCACCUCAAACAGAUGUUGGACAUCCUGCUGUAUGAGGAGAAGGAACUGGGUGUGGAGCAGACAGGACCUUGUAUUGAGUACAUGCUGCAACACAAACUGUUGGAGACCAUGUGCACUCUGGGAAAGGCUCAGUAUCCUCCAGGUAUGGUCCAGCAGGUCUUUGUGUUCUUCACAAAGUUGUUGGCUCAGAUGCAGAAGCCUCUGCUGGAGCUGGUCAGCGUCUACAGACCUGUUCAGAAGUUGAUCCGUCUCUGUGCUCUUCCUGGUUCCAACACUGAGAAGGAGGAGGCUCAGUUCUUAUUAGUCAUCUGUUCCAGAGUCAAACAGGAUCCACAAACACUCAGAUAUGUUUUAGAGCUUUGUGUCUCUGUGAAACCAGCAGUAGACGCACCAGCCUCCGACCAAUCAAAGCCCUGCAUACAAGCCUCCAAUGACACAACAGAAUCAAAACAACUCACCCCCUCCAGCCAAUCAGAUUCAUCCAGCUUCAACGCCGUCCAAGCAGAGUUUGGUCUGCUGACAGCUUUAAUGCAUCUUACAAAAAGUCAGAGGGCUUCUGUGUGUCUGAAAGCCCAUGAGAGUCUGCUGCUGCUGUGCAGCCUGCAGUCUGGAUCUUCAGGGGAGAUUCUGUGUGAUCAGACCCAGCUGGGAGACCUGCUGGCUGGCAGGCUUCAGGAGCUUUAUUCCCUACUGCCUUUGGAGGGUCUGGAUCCUGGAGAGGUGCGGAGCUGGCCUCGAACAGCAUGGAGUUCUCAGUUCUCAAGCUCUGAUCCCAAAUCAGCAUCUCCUGCUUCUGACCACAUGACUAACUUCUUCUCCUGGUUGGACUUCCUGGAUCAGCUAAUGAGAGAAGCUCCUCAGGUGUUAGCAUUGAAGCUAUCUCAGUGUGUUCAUCAGCUCUGGUUAUUGGAGUUGGUUCAACCUCAACUGCAGCACACGUGUGAGCAGGUGGUUCUGGUCUCCACCUCCCUGCUCUGUGCCGUAGUUAGACUGGUCCAGUCCUCCUCCCUGUUGGAUCAGCUGGUCCACUUCCUGCUGAAGACACACACUCUGACUCAGCUGCUGCUGCAUCGCUGCGACCACAUCUCAGACCAGAUCAGCAUGGCGUCACUUUGUCUGAUGGAGGAGUUACUACAGAAGCCUCACAUGGACAUUUUGGACAUUCUGGUGUUGAAUUUCCUGCAGAGUCGCAGUUACCUUUCUAUACCUACUACAGGUGUGGAAGACAGACCACCUGAGAGCAACGAGACCAACGAUGAUAGCGACGAUCUGGAGGAGGACCCAUUCUUUUCCGACAGCUUGAUGUCUUCAGACAGUCAGCUGCUCCCUCCUCCUUUCUCCCCCUCAACUUCCUCUGCUCCUCCUUCUCCCACUGGACUGGGAUCAGCUGCUGACAUCGUCAACAGUUUCCUGUGUUUAGUCCCUGUACAGGUCCGAUCAGCUCAGCUGCUACAGGAAGGAGGAUACGAAUGUUAUGUCCAUGACGCUCACACACUGAUGACAGAAUGUCAGUCUCUUUCUCAGUCAUGGGAUUGGCCGCUCAGUCUUCCUCCCUCCUCCUCAGGUGAAAUGGACAAUUUCUUUGAAGGGCAUCUGCUCAGAGUUCUCUUUGACCGACUGGGCCGCGUCCUGGAGCAGCCUUACGAGUUGAACCUGCAGCUGACUGCAGUUCUGUCCAGACUGUCAGCCUUCAACCACCCACUGCUGCAUGAGUACCUGCUCGACCCCUACAUACACCUGUCUCAUAACUCCAGGUCACUCUUCUCUGUUCUCAUCAGGUUGAUGGGAGAGUUGAUGCAGAGGAUCCAGCAGGUUUCAAACCUGACAGACAGACUGUUGAAUGCCAGGAGGCACCUGCUGGGACUGGACCACAACACUGGACUGGAGCACCUGACCCUGCUCAAAGGAAUCAUUGUGCUUGAGGAGUUCUGUAAGGAGCUUGCAGCUAUCACUUUUGUCAAAGUGCCUCUGGAGCAGCAGUGACUCCGCUGGACCAGAACUGACACACCGUGCACACCUUGAACAUAUGCAUGUUUACAGGUACCCCUGGUUCUACGUAGGAAACUACACAGGAAACUAUCCGAUCCAAACCCUGAAAACAUGUAGCAGUCAGCUGAAAAAGGUACAGCAUUACUUACUGGAAUAGGUACAGCUGAAUGGACUGAGAUUGAAAGGGUCUGCUGAUUCACCAGGAAACCCAAAACCUUUUGAUCAUCUUCAGAUGCUUGACCUGACUUUAACUUUUUGAUGUGGAUAGAGAACCUGAUUGAAGCCUUUUUGAGCUGCAGCAUUAACGAGGCAACCCUGAACUUGUCAUUGUCUCGGCCUUUAUGAACUUUAUUCUGAGUAGUGUCUCAGUAAGAGCCUGCAAGUGCAGUUUUUAGUUAUUUAUGGUUUUAAAAAAAAAAGUCAAUCAGGAAAAAUGACACAAGUGACAAAAGUAGAGAAUGUAUUUAAUUUAGGCUUUUGAUUGAGACCUAAUUAUUGUUCUGAUUCAGGAAUAAAUUCAUAGGCAGGAGAUCUUAUACUGAACCCUAUGUUAAAGCCAGAGCCCCUUAUGUGUCUCAUGACCCUCACUGUCUAUGAUAAUGUGACUGCCUAAUCCUCCUCUUUGCAGUCAGGGCUAAAUGUCGGUUAAAACUCAUUUUGUUUUACAGUUUUAUCCCAGGUGGGAAGAGAAGAAUAUAAAUCAUAAAGAUGCUCUCAUUAAGUUUGCUUUAAUGGAUAUAACUCAUUAAUGCCUUGUGAAGCUCCCUUCAAAAUGCUGUUCUUCGUGAAGUCACCUUUAUCUGUGUUGCUGCCUCUGUACAGGUGAGUGACAAGAAAGUGUAGCUCAGAGUGCCUAAUAGUCUGACCUUAAAACAGAUUUAUAUACCAAAAAUAGUAUUUAAUUAAGGUUAUGAAAUCAAAAGAAAUAGAGCUCCUUCUGUGUAUUCCAUCAAAUAAAAACCCAGACAAACUUUUUUGUUAUCUCUGUUAACUUUGAAAAAACAUCUCAGAAAUGUAUUUAGUCUCUAACAUCGUGAGGAGGUUCAGACUGAAUGAGUCUGAAUAAACUGAGAAUAUAUAAAUGAUGUAUUUAUAAUGUGAGUCUGACUGUUAUCAGCCUGCUGAAGUGCUGAUACGUUAUGUGCCAAAAUGUUUUGAAUGUGUAACCUUUAAUUUGAUGGAUUUUGAGUUUGAAUACAAACUACAAUAUAUUGACUUUAAAGGAAAGGUGGAAUGAGAAUCUGUGUUAUUCUACUGAUUGAACCCUUCAGUUAGAAAAUGAACUGAACUGUCUUAUCAUGUUUUUUAAUGUGAUCAUUUAAAGAAGUUUCUUACAUGUAAUAGCAGCGAACUGUUGCUGUGAUGUGUUUUAUUUUCUCUUUUUUUUGUUUGUUUGUUUGAGUUAUUAUUUAAAACCGAUUCAAGGAGGCGAGUUAUGUCAUCAAUACAGUUUGAUUUGUCCGUGUGAUAAACUAAAACCAGAAACAUUGGAACUCAAUAAAUUAUACUUUUUCAUGUCAAACAUCUGUCUGGUUAUGUGUGGAUAGAGGAAGGCAAAGGUUGAAUGUGAUAACACUCAGUCUGUCUGUUUUCAGCUUUUAAAGCUCCUGUGAGGAACUCUGGCUUUGUGUCAGACUGCUAUUGACCAUAGGGUACAAAUUGUCUUUUUGCUGAUUUAGUACAUAUGCAAAGGUUUUUUUUUGUUUUUUUGUUUUUUUCUAACAUAAUUAUCUUUCUCUGCUUGUUUUUAACAGUCAAGAUAUUUCACUCAUCAGUAAUCUUUGCAGUGUGCAGUUUAUCACUUUGUCUGACACCUACCCUGCAGCAAAGUGUCCAUGCAUUACAUAUAUAACUAUGUUUCGGUUGUUAUUGUAGGUCAUAAAGAUGUAUCAGCAUUCAUUUCAGCAUGUUUCAUAACCAGUUUAAAAUUCCUCACAGAAGCUUUAAACUUUACUGAACAAGCGAUUACAGAUAUCAAUUUUAUAAUGUUCAUUUUAACCAGAUACAUUGUAAUUCCAAUGAAGCUCUGCAGAAACGCUGAAAAAGAAAAUAUUAUAUUUAAACCA